UAUUUUUAAGGUUUCAUUAUCACAGUUUUCUUAUAUUGUAAUAUAAUGUGUUACUGUUUUAUGAUGCCUGAAGAUUCUUUUAUAUUAAUGUGGAAUCAUAACAGUUUGCAAUGGGUGGUAUUAUAUCUUGGUGUACUCUUAAUCCAUUAAAAGGCAAUAUACUGGGUAUGAUUGUUCAGCUUAAGAGUCAAAGAGACGAGUUGGAGGAGUAUCGCAUAUGUUUAAUUAAUCGGAUAGAGGAGACUGAAUCAUGUAUUAAGGACUAUGUAACACAUGGUAAUCGUAAUCAGGCGUUACUUUGCUUACGCAAAAAAGCGCUUUUAGUCGACCAACUAUCGAGGAUAGAUUCAUAUCUAUAUCAAGUACUACAGGUCAUAUCCGACACUGAAUUGGCUCAGGUAAAUGUGGACGUAUACAAACAUCUAAAGCUGGGCUCUGAAUUGUUGUCAAAACUCUCCAAGUGUAUGCAAAUGGACGACAUAGAAUCAAUGUUGGCUGUGUGGCAAACUUGCAGGGAGAACAUGGAGGAUACCACAUGUGCUCUUAACGAACACAGCUCUGUUGUUGAUAAUGAAGCUCUAUUGGAAGAACUUGAACAGCUAUGCCGUGGAGAUGCUGUAGAUAUCGCAAAAAAUCUGCAGGUAGCACCCAGCUCCUGCACACCUAAUUCGGAAACAGUGAAUAUAUCGCAACCUGCUACUACAAUUCCUUUGGCUCCAGUGGAUCACCCGCCUGAUGAACCAAAGAUGGUUGCUCCGUUAAACUCGUGCUAACUUUCAUAGUUACAAAACUUGAUUAAUUUUAUUACAAUAAAGAUUAUUUACAACAAUAUC